UACAGAGACAAGUUAUUGACAUCGUAGAUAUAAGCUUCUUUUUCUUCCCGCCCCUCUCGCCUGAAUUAUCUGUACACACUUGCGCGCCUUCCACAGCUCACAAAACAACACCAAGAAAAAACCAUUAUGUUUUAAUUUCGUCUCGCCGCUUGUCUCUCGUUUUGGCAAUGCCGGGGAUCCUUUAGAUCUCUGGUCGACAGGUUUCGGCUUUAACGCUGUGGUUUUGAGUGGUAUGAACAAGAUAAGGCUGGGUUGUUUUCAUGCGAGGGAAGAAGAGAUCUGCGUGUUUUUGUUAGAUGGAAAAUAUGAAUACGGACUUGGAUUCUCCGGAUAGGAAUAUCAACACUCCCUCCUCUGCCGUCCAGGGCUCACCAUUCUUCACUUACUUGUCUAACCUUUCACCUAUUAAGCCGAUUAAAUCAGCACAUGUGGCACAGACAUUUUCUGAACUUCAUUUCCCUCCUCCACCAGCCGUCUUCACCUCUCCACGCGUUUCUUCCCAGAAGGAGUUAAAUUUCUUGAGAAGGGCUUCCCCCAAAGACACAGGAGAAGAAAACAAAACAUUUAACACAUCUUGUGUGAAAGUUAAAGACUUUGCUGUGCCUGUGUCUGAUUGUGAUGUGCCAAAUUUCCUCAGUCCUGUUGCACGUCAGGUUACAAAUCUCGAUUCAGUUUCGUCAGACAAAAUAAAACGUGAUGACAAGAGCAUGGCCACGUUUCCUGGCUGUAGUCCAUCAAAGAUUGUGGAACAGUUCUUGGCUGAUCCACCAGAAGAAGGACACUAUACAGUAGAUUCGUCUAAGCAUUAUUCAAAGCCGCAAUCUCCUGGAUUGGUUGAAGCUUUGUUCAUGGGUUCAGAUAAGCUGGAAGAUACCAUUACAGGUCGAUGUGAGGAGAUGAAAGAGAUGGAAGUCAUUUCACAGUCAAAAUCAUCUGAGGAAUUUUUGGACGCUAAUCAAAGGGAUCCCAAAGCUGAGGUAUCACAAAGAAAUGAGGAAGAUUUAUCUUCAAAUUUGGAGCAGAGUUUGAAAAUGUCAGAUAUUAGAGAUCUACAGCAUAUUGAUCAAAACAGCAAUGGAGAAAUUCCAAAUGUCUGGUCACAUGUGGAUGCAAAUCAUUCGAAUGCACUAAUGUUUACAAAUGAUUGUGAAGAUUCAGGAGAAGGUGUUAACCAUGAUGAAAAUAUGGUGGACCAAACAGCAAGUGCUUUUGCAUUCCUUCUAUCAAAAGAAUCAAACGGCUCGAUUGAAGGGUGGCAGAAGGCAUCAUCUACAGAUCCUUCAAAUGUUUUGUUUCAAAAGGAUUUGAAGGACCAAGCAAAUUGUUCUAACCAGGUUGGUGGACAUGGGGACUAUGACGGUACCCCACAACCUCCCCAUAACUCUUUCCAAGAUGUAAACUCAGGCAGCAAUCUCAAUGUGAAGACCGACACUGAACUAAACCGACCAAUGGAACACACAUCCUGUAUAUACAAGAAUGUCAAUCAACCACAACGAGGCAUGCGUAGGCGCUGCUUAGACUUUGAAGCAUCAGAAGCUCGUAGGAGAAACUUGGCUAAUGGCUCAUGGAAUGCAACAAACUUAUUGCCUAAACCAGGAGCGUUGGUAACCACAGAUAAUGAUUCUGGAAAGAACACUUCACCAUCAAUGUCAUGUGAGGGAACUGCGAUUUCUGAUGGCAAGCAACUUGUAGUAUAUAAGAGAGACGCAGGCACAGAUAAUGGGAGAAAUUCCAAAUCUUUAUCUGUUGGACAGUUGUCAUCUUGCUCUUAUAAAACUUCUGAGCAUAACUCAGACAAGUCUGACAGCUCUGUUCGAAAUAAUGGGCAUUCUUCUAUGUCAGUGGGUAUGCCAACUGGGAUUGGUCUGCAUUUGAAUAGCCUUGCCUCUUCAAUGUCAUUAAAUUGUGGAGUGGGCCUGCUAACAACUUCAAAGGGAGCUGCUGGCAUGCAGGGAAUGCUAACUUCGUCUGGAGUGAAGGAGGGUCCAGGUGACAGUCGAGCAAGUUCUCUAAUUCCUGUAAGCUCAGGUGGAAAUAUUUCGUUAUCAACAAAUACAAGCAUGUCUCCUGGAAUGCUCGUGUCAGUUGUGGAAAAGACUAGAAUUGAUCAACAGGAGGUGCAGUCUUCUGGAAACACGCAGAUUGGAGUCACAAAAUCCACUACAUGUUUCCGAUCCCUAACAGUUGGCAUAAAGCCAUUGCAAUGUAGGCAACCUUUUAAAACUGAAGAUAUAAACCCAAGUCCACUUGACAAGAAGAGGCCAGUGCUACAAGAUAUUUCUCGACAACCUGGAUUUGCCAUAGGGGAAGAGUAUAAUCAGAGCAGUCCCAAAAAGAAAAGAAGAAAGUCUGCUACAACUGGGGAUAAAGAAGGCUGCAAACGUUGCAAUUGUAAAAAGUCAAAAUGCCUUAAAUUGUAUUGUGAGUGUUUUGCAGCUGGGGUAUACUGUGUUGAGUCCUGCACAUGUCAAGAGUGCUUUAACAAACCUGAGUAUACAGAUAUGGUUGUUGGCACGCGGCAGCAGAUAGAAUCACGUAAUCCGCUUGCUUUUGCUCCUAAAAUUGUUCAUGGCGCUGAUUCUCCACCAACUGAUGGGCAGAAAGAGUGCACCGAGACUCCAGCAUCGGCAAGGCACAAAAGAGGCUGCAAUUGUAAGAAAUCAAUGUGUCUGAAGAAAUACUGUGAAUGCUAUCAGGCAGGGGUUGGCUGCUCAGAUGGCUGCAGAUGUGAAGGUUGUAAAAAUACGUUUGGCAAGAAAGAAGGAGGAUCAGAUGACACAGAAGACAAAGAAUCUCAGGAUGAGGUAUGGGAGAAGGCUACAUCAGAAGAAAAGCUUGAGUUGGUUGAUGGAAAUGAUAUUCUGGAGUCAGAGCAACAACACUUGAAGGAGCUUUCGCCUCUAACACCAUCCUUCCAAUAUGUUGGUCAGGGAAGAUCAACGAACAAAUUGAAACCUUUUGGAAAGCGGCGAUUUACUCCAGAAGAUUUAGAGUCUCCAUCAUUAUCUCUGUCUUCUGCAAAGCCACCAAGGUCUCCAGCAAAGAUUCUAAGGUCUACAAAAGGAAAUGACACUGCUAUAUUUAAUCAUCAGGCGGGAUCAAAAACCUUAGCUUCACCAAUCUUCACUCGAAAGAUGGAAAACUCAGGGCAGUUUUCAUCUAAAUGGGAUGGUCUUGCUGAUAUUUGCACACUCACUCCAGCACUUCAGCCACCUUUGAGACCUGCAUCAGCCUCUGUAAACAAUGUAGAUGGGACUGAAGUCUCUCCUUUUAGUGGGCAGCACAACGAAAUUUCAAGUUUGAACAGUCGUCCAUUUGCUAGCAGACGUUCUUGUCCUGGAGGUUCAUCCGCUGUUUUUGGUCACGCAGUUUCACAAUCUCCAGUUUGUACCUCAGAUAGUAUCCACUGGCAGACUCCUGUAAGUGCACAGACAACCCCUGUGACACCCACACUUUAUAAUUCAGUUUGCAAUGUUGGGAAAAAACUAGCAGAUGGAUCAGAUAUUGACAUGCGCUCACAAGAUGUAUCUGGUUCUGCUGAAGAUGACACUCCAGACAUCCUGAAAAAUGAUUGUUCACCCAUGAGGGGUUUGAAGGCAAGCUCGCCUAAUCAAAAGAGGGUGUCUCCUCCACAUAAUUAUUGUCACAAAGAGAUGUCAAAGAGGGCACCAAUAUCAUCUCCACGCCUUAAGAGUGGUAGGAAGUUUAUCCUGCAAUCAGUGCCUUCAUUUCCUCCUCUUACUCCAGAUGAUGUGCAGGCGAAGGACUGAUUGUGGAUAACUAAAGGUCUGAUGCUGUUCAAUCUUCCAAGUUUAUUAAAAAUAACAGACAUCUGAGAAGAUACAUCCUACUCUGCCCUCAAGCGAUGUGACCUAGCCUUCAUGCAUGCCAUUCCAAAUUCAUCAUUAUGGUGACUGCUUAGAAAUUAGCUGAUCAGGGAUCAAUGCUUAUUUGGGCUCUGUUUUAUUUAGCCUAAAUAGCUUGUGCAAUGACAUAAUGAGCAGUCUUUUACACGGCAUGUCUCAAUUGUAGACUGCUGCUGCUGAAGCAUGUCUCAAUUGCGGAUUGUUGCUGCUGAAUUAUUCUGGAAUUCACUAACAUGUUCUUGCUCUUAUAAAGUCGAAAGUUUGCAAGGUGAUGUUACUUUUAGUUUUCAAGAAUUUGUUAGUGGCUGGCACUGAAUUCUUUUCCUGUUCAGUGUGUUAUUCAUGUCGUAAGAUUUACAUGAUCUACUCAUUCUGAAGUUUUAUGGAGCAAUUAACACUAAAUCUCCUUUGUGGAAUUUUCUGAUUGGUCAGAAGCCUGGCCUGCAACUUGUUAUAUUUAUUGUAUUUUUCCCAUCAGAGGGUGUGUACUAAUUAAUAUAUGUUAGAUGCCUUAGUGAUACUUGAGGCAUUCAAUACUGAAGUUUCUUUUUCA